CACGGCGGUGUCGACGGACGGUGAAGAGACGGAAAAGGACAACGUCCACAGGAGUGAGUGAGAUAAACGACGAUUACACCCUGCGCGAUGAUAGAAAAAGAGAGAGAGCGCGACAGAGCGCGCUUGAUGGAGCUAGCUAGAGAGAAAAGGUGGAAUACCGGGGUUGGACGGUCGGGCGCAAGGGGGUGGCGCGCGAGAGAAAACCGCUAGCGUGUACCGCAGUACGGGAUAGUGAGCUGUGAGCUGGUCUUCCUCUCUCACGCCGCGAAAAAGGCCACUAUUGGCUGAGACAAUACGAUUGUUCGGCUGUUCGUUUUCCGCCAUUCCAUAUCUUAUGAGGACAGAUUGUUCGCGAAGGUGUUCGAUUCCCGACGUCGUUCAGUUCAAGAACGUAACGUAUUACGUGAGGAAGUGGAGAUAAUUGUAAUAUUUAUACUGGACUGUUCUCGAGGCUACUCUGGGUCUCUUUAAGGGUGUGAUCAAGUCGUACCAGUUUUUAUAUCAGUUGUCGCGACGCGCUCGACGAAUGUCAAGGACGAUGCAGCAUUUCGUCGUUGUACGGCACAACACCCGUUAAAUUCCGCAUUAGUGACACUCGUGAAUCAAAGAGACAAGGGACAGCGAUGUCAGCUGGGAAGUAUCAUGAACGCGUGUAGAUCGCAACGUUAAAGAUACUAUGUCUUUUUUCUCAAAAGUUUCAUCUUUAAAUAAGUGAUGAAAAGCGCACCACUUACCGUCUUGAUCGAGGUCUUGAUCUCAUUGAGAUCCUAACAAUGCAAACACCUGUUCUUGAGUACAGCGAAUCGGAGGACGACGAGGUGAAUAACGAUCCUCCCUUAACUGUCUCCAGAAGUGACAGUGGAACGGUAUCCUCGUGAGACCCUGCCACCUACGGCGAGUGUACUACGGCUUAUUAAUUGGUAUCAAACGAGAACUUGAAGUUUUCGGUAUCCUUCUCAUUGAUGAUUUUUGAAGAAUUUCUUUGAUACGCGAAGAAUUUCAUACUUACGAUAGAAUACCAGUUAUAUGAAAAAUUGAUAUAUAAAGAAGAAUUUUUAAGUGACUGGACAGGAAUGUGUUUGAGAUACGUUUCCGAAACGUAAAGAAAUGUUACGAAAUAGAGGCAACAAAGAUUAUUAAAGAUAAAAUUUAAAUGAUUGAAUACAUUCUUGUUAUUGACAAAUUCUCAAGAAAAGUGGUUUUAUUGUAUUCUAAAUGUGAGAUGUAUGUCAUGACAUGAAGAAUCACACCCUGUUUCUACAUGAUCCAAAGCUCUUGUUGUCUAAACAAGAAAACAGCUGUUGUUUUUCCGCACAUUAAACUGACAUUUUAAGAGGCAAAAAAGUGAAUAUUCUCACAUAUGUGAAAUUUAAUUGCUAUCUAAUAAAAUAUUUGAGACACUGGAGUAUGGAUUUAUGGAUAUAUCGAUGAAAUCUGAAGCUUACAAUAAAUUAAACAAUAAACACAAUCUAAACUUGAGAUAUAUGGAAAGAUAUAAGCAUUCAGGAGUUUGUUAAGUAAGACGUUAAAGUAAGAUGAUAUAAUCUCAUCGAGAUAUUAAGUAAAAUUGAGCUCGCGUAACUUGCAAAGGUGCGCGUUCUCGUUGUUAUAGUUGCUAUAUCCGUUGACCGUGACCUUCGAUUAUCAUGUGACGUCAUUCAGGUCAGACGGUGCCGUGCAAACGAAUGCGUCUCCAGAUGCUUUUAUGACCGCCGUCGCGGUGACAGUAGCAAUCAAUCAGACUGUUGUGCAUUCAGUAGACAUUAUUAUAUCAUUUUGAGGAAUGAGACUCUAGCAAAACUCUCAUCAUAUAAAACGUGCAUUUCUCGCUCAGUGAAAAAGAUAGUAGUAAAAAGAGAUCAUCCAAAAAAAUGAGCGGUGUAUUAUUUUGUUUUGGUACUCCAAUACUUUUUAUGGUUUAGCUCCUGUGCGUGUGACUACGAUCGUUAAUAACUUAUAUAGGUUCGUGAUGCAUAAAAAAAUAUGUGAAGUAACAUAAGUUUAAAAUAAACGUUGCUUUACUUUGAUAAAAAGUGACCACGCCAACGGAGUACUAGAAAACUCUUUUAACUUUUGCUCAAAAGAUAAAAAAUGUGACACUCAACACCUCGCAAAAUGUUUUAACGUAAGUGUAUUUUCAUUUCGCGAGCGAAGAGAGAAGUGCGAAUCAAUACAGAAGGAUUCCAAGGGAAUUGCCGAAUACACUUUUCCGUAGUUACGCAAGGUGCGUUAAUACUUUACACUGUUCCAUUGUUAUUUACGAUCAAUCGUUAUUGUUAUCUUGCGAUAAUGAUUUUCAAUGUGAGCGUCACUUGAUGUCAAAAGUACUAGUGCAAGAAAAAGUGAGCUUCAUGAAACUCUCAUUUUUGUUUUAAAAUUCAACAACGGUUUUAGGCAAGAACAGGACAAAACCUCAAGUUACUCUUUUUUUUUGUUUGUUAUUAUACGCUCUUGAUGCAUUUUCAAUGAUCAAAAGUAGCCGACGCAAAUUGUUAUCCACAUAGUUAACAAAAAAGUAUAUAUAGUUGAUAGUAUUAUAUUAAGAUGUUAGUUAAUGAGAUUUAUUAAAGCUCGUUGAAAGUUAGAAUUUUGAGAAACUGCUUUUAAAAAGUAAAUGUUUAUUGUUAGAAUCAUUAUGUAAAUUAGCAUCGGAGAAAUUAAUGCUUAGAGUUACGACAUUUUUCAGAAUUUUUAUGAAUGCUGUUAAUAAUAUUAAGAGCUUAUUAGUUGAAUAAUAUCAACUAUAGCGGUUUAGGCAAUAACUUGUAAUAUUCUCAAAAAGGCAGUAAAUAUUUUAGUUAUGUGAAACUACCUCGCAAAAUUACUGCAUCUGCAAGUCUUCCAUCUUAUUUCGACAAAAAAAAAAUAAGAAGCAAGCGUUUCUUUCACUUCUGAAGAACCAGAACUUACAAAUUCUUUCUAAUAUAAAUUUACUCGGUGAAUCGGGUACAAGAUUGGAAUUAUUCAAGAUCGCUUCAGGGUUUUUUUUAUCACGAAUAGGUCACAAAGAUUACCUUCGUUUCUCCUUCAUCAACUUACUUUUUCCAAGUAUUUGUAGUUACUCCUCUAAGAAAGACAAUACUUCUUGGCUAGAACGUAAUAAACUUUUACAAUAGCGAAACAACUUUAAGUAUUUUCUCCACAAUUUUGUUACUAUAUAUAUAUAUAUAAUAAUAAUAAUAUUUUCUAAUUGAAUCUUUUUUUGAAGCCUUCUUAAAAACUGGAAACAGAAAAGCUUUGGUUAUUUUUUGCAAUGUUUGAGUACGGAUUUCGGAUUUCUACCGACAGUGAUUUCUCUUUAAAUUUGAUUUUGAUAAUUAAAGGAACAAUGAGUGCACGAAAUACACUUAUAACAUAUAUUGAAGCUACGCUCAUGCAAGAUUAAUGGACUAUUCAGCAUAUGAACACAAAAAUGCUAUAAAGUUAUACAAGCAUUUACGACAUAGCUUUGCGAAAUGAAGCAAGUUAUAAACAAUAGAAAAAACGGACAAAUUUUAAAUCUUUUAUAAUAAGCUAUUCAGCAUUAUUGCGCGUUAGUGGGUAUUAUUUUCUCAAGAUGUUCGUACGAGAUUCGUCAACUUUUUCUCUGUGUUAUCGACCAAUUACAUAUUUUUUGGGAUUCAUUCAUCGUGCUUGGUCAACCAAUUAUAACCAUUCUGCUAAAUAAUUGGAGAAUAUUUACGGCGAUGUGGUCGAAGGAACGAUGUGGCCGGACGUCGCCGGUAGAUCUCACACGUCCUGUGAUUAUUUCAAAGUGAAGCUGCCGGCAGUGAAGAAAAAGAAGAAGGAGAAGGAGAACGAGGGGUGCUGUAAGAUCUUCGCCCUGUUUUGUCACCGCAAGCCUCGGGACCCGGUCCGUAGUUCCAGCGCAGCCUCGUCGGUGCCCCUGCUCGAUAUGGGCGCCAGAGCAUGGGACUACGAGGCCUUGCCGGAACUCCAUACCUCGCCAGCGGUCACGCCGACCUCGACGCCACCGAACGCAUCCCAGCAGAAAACGCCUAGAGUGUAUUUUCAAGCAGAGAAUCUGGCGUCCACUAGGCGAAGGAGCAGCAAUAGACUGCUGACACCGCAGCAGUCUUGCAGGAGACGCAGUCGGAGCAUGAGCGCAUGGAGCGACCUGUCCAGGUCGUCCUUCAGAUUGGACGAAAGGGUUCGUGUUGAGUAUUAUGUGAACGAAAACACAUUCAAGGAACGACUGCAGUUGUACUUCAUCAAGAAUCAACGUUCGAGUUUGAGAAUACGACUUGCCAAUCUCUUCUUCAAGCUCUUAACAUGCUUCCUGUAUAUAUUCAGGGUUAUUACCGACAGCGAUCCAACGUUCGCAGCAUGUUACGGUUGCACACCCGGCAACAAGACCGAGUUUCUCGCGUCACAGAACUUAACGGAGGAGGAGUUCCAAGACCACCCAACCAUCAAUUGGGAUGCGAUCCUGUGGGUCAGACGACCCUUAGAGUUGUGGGUUGUUCAAGUCAUCUUGGCUAUGGUGUCGUUAACCGAAGCUUUACUGCUUGCCUACCUCGGUUACAAGGGAAAUGUCUGGCAGCAGCUUCUGUCCUUCCAUUUCAUCCUGGAACUGGUCAACACAAUCCCGUUCACAAUCACGUUAUUAUACCCGCCAAUGAGAAAUCUGUUCAUUCCGGUGUUCCUAAAUUGUUGGUUGGCAAAGCACUCUUUGGAAAAUAUGUUCAACGACUUACACCGAGCAAUGCAAAAGUCCCAAUCGGCAUUAAGUCAACAGCUGAUGAUCCUUAGUGCUACGUUACUGUGCCUUGUCUUUACUAGCGUAUGCGGGAUCCAACACUUUCAGAGAGCGGGGCACAGGCAUUUGAAUCUAUUUCAAAGUACAUACUAUGUUGUGGUAACGUUCUCCACUGUGGGUUACGGAGAUUUCGUGCCGGACAUUUGGCCUUCGCAACUUUACAUGGUCAUUAUGAUCUGCGUGGCUCUUAUAGUUUUACCAACACAGUUCGAACAGUUAGCUUUCACGUGGAUGGAGCGACAGAAACUGGGCGGCUCGUAUUCGUCGCACAGAGCGCAAAGCGAGAAGCACGUGGUAGUUUGCAGUACGACACUGCAAGCCGACACCAUUAUGGACUUUCUAAAUGAGUUUUACGCCCAUCCCUUGCUGCAGGAUUAUUAUGUGGUGCUUUUGUCACCAAUGGAACUCGAUACCACAAUGCGGAUGAUCUUGCAAGUGCCGAUCUGGGCGCAAAGGGUGAUCUACAUCCAGGGCUCAUGCUUGAAGGAUGGCGAUCUCGCGAGGGCCAGGAUGAACGAAGCGGAAGCUUGUUUUGUGCUGGCGGCGAGAAAUUAUGCUGACAAAACCGCUGCUGACGAACACACGAUACUCAGAUCAUGGGCGGUAAAAGAUUUCGCGCCCAACGUUCCUCAAUAUGUUCAAAUCUUCCGUCCGGAAAACAAGCUCCACGUGAAGUUCGCAGAGCACGUGGUGUGCGAAGAUGAAUUUAAAUACGCCCUUUUAGCAAAUAAUUGCACGUGUCCCGGCGCAUCGACGUUGGUUACCCUGUUGCUACACACAUCCAGAGGACAAGAAGGUCAACAGUCGCAGGAAGAAUGGCACAGACUAUAUGGUAAAUGUUCCGGCAACGAGAUUUAUCACAUAAUUCUCGGCGACUCCCGCUUUUUCGGGGAGUAUGAGGGAAAAUCCUUCACCUACGCGUCUUUCCACAGUCACCGGAAAUACGGAGUUGCGCUUGUUGCAGUCAGACCGGCAGAACUUCCGGAAUUUUACGAGGAUACUAUCCUGUUGAAUCCUGGGCCACGGCAUAUAAUGAAGAAGACCGACACUUGCUACUAUAUGAGCAUCACCAAGGAGGAGAAUUCCGCGUUUGUGGUUGCGAAUAAUCAGGGCAGUAUUGGCGAGGGAACGCAGGUGGUCGUCGAGACGAAGACGGACGUGACUUCUGCGAAUAACGGGUCGGCAACGAGCACCCCGACGACCAACACGAUGACGGCGGCCAUGAAUUCCACUGGGGCAACAGCGGCGACGACGACGACAACCACCACGAUGACGAUAUCGACCAGCUGCACCGGUGGCGGCGACGGGAACGGUACAGCAAUCAGCAACGGUGCCGACGCGCACCAACGAUUUUCCAACAGUUGUAACAUUGCGCUGAGCGAAACACUCUGCAGACAGGAGACCUGCACGGGGCCUCGUGCGCAGGACCGAUCAAAUGGUCCCCAAGGUCACAGGGCCCCGUUGCCGCCGCAGGUUAUUUUGCAGGUCCUCCCUAGCACGCCCAUACCAACCCAACACUACAACUUACUCGCAUCCAAUGUCCACCCGACUUAUCUCGAUCCCGGCGGAUUUGGGGACUCGAGGCAAUGCUUAAAAGAGGGAGGAUCAACACCACAAACACCAAUCACGGGAAAUCAUCUUGACGUGCCACGAUCUCUCGAUCCGAAUCCUAAUCUGCUUAGUCCAGAAAUUCUAAUGCAAAGGAGAGGAAGCAGAAGACCAAGUAUUCUACCAGUACCAGAUAUGCUAACUAGCUCGACGUUACAUCUGCCUGGGCAAGAAUCCUUGGACCACGAGGCUGACGAGUCGGAGGAUGAAAUGGAUGAUGACGUUCCUUGGAGAUCGCCAAGCGAGAAGAUCGCGAUUGUCAAGGGAUUUCCGCCAGUUUCACCCUUCAUUGGAGUCUCGCCAACCUUGUGCUAUCUUCUCAAGGAGAAGAAGCCUCUUUGUUGCCUUCAGCUGGCUCAGGUGUGCCAACAUUGCAGCUAUAGAAACGCCAAAGAAUACAAUUGGCAGAAUAAGACCAUUAUACUGGCAGCGGAUUAUGCUAGCAAUGGAAUUUAUAACUUUAUAAUACCAUUGAGGGCACAUUUUAGGUCGAAAACAUCAUUGAAUCCGAUCAUUCUUUUGCUGGAGAGAAAACCGGAAAUCGCGUUUCUCGACGCAGUGUCCUACUUUCCGUUGGUUUACUGGAUGCGAGGUUCGAUCGACUGUUUAGACGACCUUCUCCGGGCUGGUAUCACUUUAGCUGAAAACGUUGUAGUCGUAAACAAGGAACUCAACAAUUCCGCCGAGGAGGACACCCUGGCUGAUUGUAAUACAAUCGUUGCGGUGCAGACUAUGUUUAAAUUUUUCCCAAGCAUAAAAAGCAUAACAGAAUUGUCCCAGUCGAGCAAUAUGCGUUUCAUGCAGUUCCGGGCACACGACAAGUACGCUUUGCAUCUCAGCAAAAUGGAAAAGGUACUCCUCAGUGCUACUACCGAUGACAACUACUCCGAUGAGCCUCCGAUGGGCUCUCCGAGAGAAAAGGAAAGAGGAUCUCACAUAUCGUACAUGUUUCGAUUGCCGUUCGCCGCCGGUAGUGUCUUCAGCGCCUCGAUGUUAGAUACUUUGCUUUACCAAGCGUUCGUCAAAGAUUACGUGAUAACAUUCGUAAGAUUGUUACUAGGAGUAGAUCAAGCGCCAGGAUCUGGAUUCCUCACGUCGAUGCGAAUAACUAAGGAUGACAUGUGGAUAAGAACGUACGGCAGAUUGUAUCAAAAACUUUGUUCUACCACCUGCGAAAUUCCAAUUGGAAUAUACAGGACGCAGGAUACUACCGUAUCGGACUCCUCACAUGGCGACUCAGACGCGGAAAGCGACGCCGGCGUCGGUGUGACGUACAAGGUGCGUCAUUCGGCGGCAGCUUCGUGCCUUGCGAAUUGCGCCACCCGCGACAAGGGUGCAUCUGCUUAUUCGGUGAGUCUUGGCGACGAGGCACGUGACAAUCACGCGCAGCAGAUUGAACGGGCGGAGAUCGCAAACCUGGUGCGCUCACGGAUGGAAUCGCUGAAUCUGCCGGUUGCGGACUACGACGACGUAUCGGAGAAGCGUAACAGCCUGUCCUACGUGAUCAUCAACCCGAGCUGCGAUCUAAAACUCGAGGAAGGCGACAUUGUUUAUUUGGUGCGGCCCAGCCCGUUCUCCGCGCAGAAGACCUUCGAACGGCACAACUCUCGACGCAAGAGCAACAUCAGCUUCUGCUCGGCGCAACUAGUAUCCCAGAUGAGCGCGGCGGUCGCAGCCGCGGGUCUACAGACCGGUGGUCCGGGUAGUCGUCGCGGUUCCAGCAUAGGUUUGGCCAGGGCACCACCCUUAGGCACGACCAAGUCGAAUUCACUGUCUCUACCCGAUAGCCCUACCGUAGCCGGGACUCUGCGCGGUCGCUCCAACUCGUUGCGAGUCGUCGACGAUAUCCUGCUAAGACGUAGCAAUUCCCUGAGGCAGAGUCUGACGAUGACGACCAGGCGAAAGAGUAGCCUGGAGGACAUCGGUCUGGGUGCGCUUUCACAUCCCUCCAACCACAACUCGAUCAAGAUCGCCUUGAACGGCUCGAUCGGCCUGGAGGUGACGCCGCCGGAGGAGGGCUCGCAGGCUGGCGGCGGUGCUAGCAAUACCGGCAUUCUCGACGUGGGUCUACCCUCCAUGCCGGAACUUAACGCGGCCUUGGGACCUAGUCUCGGCGCGGGCCUCGGCGGCUCUUUAGGCGGUCUCUACGAUCCACCUUCCCUUCAAUGCCCGAUGGGCUCACCCUGCCCGUCGCCGCAGAUGCAGGGUACCACACAAGAUCCACAGCACAUACAGGGGACAAUAGUAUGAUAUAACCUAAUGUGGGGACGCAGGCUCUCCGGCGUGACACGAAAUAAGUGGCUGUAGCGUUCCCACAUGGCAUUUAGGGCUGGGCGACAUCAAGACCGACAUUCUUACGAUCAUAACAGAUCGACAGAGGAUAUUUGAGCAACGUAUGUCGUGGGACUGACCAAGCCGGAUGGAUGAGACGGCUGGAGAGCAAGGUGUUUCGAUAAAAUUAACAUCGGACUGAUAACUAUUGCGAGUGUCAGAGAAUAUUUUGCAAUAGGUAAAGUAAGUUGGGAUGAGAUUACUUCAACAAGUUUCACUUAUUGUUACUUCUGAAUCUGUAGAAUUGGUUUCUAUAUUAUUCUUCUUAUAGUUCUCACAGUCUUCAAAUGUAAAAUACAUAAAUUUUAAAUUUUUUAUUGCAAGUAAUAACUCAAAAUUAUUAAUGCAAUU